AUGCUGGACAUAACGAAUUGCUCUGUAGUGGAGAGGGUUGUUGAUGAAGCAGCAGCACAUGAUGGGGAUUGGCCGCUACCUCUUCUCAAACUGAAGCAAUUAUAUCUAACGGAGUUGCCAAAAUUGAGAGAGAUAGUUGGAGGAGGAUUAUUAGAGUGUCUGCAACACAAAAAUGAGAAUAAGAGAGCAAAGGCCGUGAAUUCAGAGUUGUGUUCUAUAUGUUUAAAAGAUUUGGGAGAGUUGGAAUACAUUUGGAAAGGCCCCACACAAAGCGUGAGCUUCCAUAGACUUGAAAGUAUUGAAUUAUGGAGAUGCUCAAAGUUGAGGAAUAUUUUCACUCUUACAAUUGUCACAAGCCUUCCAGAAUUGAAGAUAUUACAUGCACUUGCUUGUGAGGAAUUGGAGGGAAUAUUUUGUGAAGAAUCACUUGAAAAUCUUUCUUCUUCUUCUAAUGUUUGCUUCCCUAAACUUGAGAAAAUUCUGAUAUUGGGAAGCAAUAAAAUGAAAAGGGUGUUCUCAUAUUCUAUGGCUUAUCAUCAUUGUCCUUCAGUAGAGGUGCUGGGCAUAAGGGAUUGCUCUGAACUGGAAACGGUUGUUGAUGAAGAAGCAGCACAUGAUGGGGAUUGGCGGCUACCUCUUCUCAAACUGAAGAAAUUACAUCUAAGAGGGUUGCCGAAAUUGAGAGACAUAUUUGGAGGAGGAUUAUUGGAGUGUCCGCAACAGAAAAAUGAGAAUAAGAGAGCAAGGGUCGUGAAUUCAGAGUUGUGUUCUAUAUUUUUAAAAGAUCUGGGAGAGUUAGAAUACAUUUGGAAGGGUCCCACACAAAGUGUGAGCCUCCAUAGACUCGAAAGUAUUGAAUUAUGGAGAUGCUCAAAGUUGAGGAAUAUUUUCACUCUUACAAUUGUCACAAGCCUUCCAGAGUUGAAGAUAUUAGAAGUAUUUGAUUGUGAGGAAUUGGAGGGAAUAUUUUGUGAAGAAUCACUUGAAAAUCUUUCUUCUUCUUCUAAUGUUUGCUUCCCCAAACUUGAGAAGAUUCUGAUAUUGGGAAGCAAUAAAAUGAAAAGGGUGUUCUCAUAUUCUAUGGCUUCUCAUCAUUGUCCUUCACUAGAGAGCAUACGCAUAGUGAGUUGCGCUGAACUUGAGGGGGUUGUUAAGAGAUCUAAAGGUGAAGUUGAAGUUGGUGAUCAUGGAAACCUGUUCCCCAAAUUGAAGGAUUUGUAUCUCGAAGAUUUGCCACAGUUGAGAGAGAUAUAUGAAGGUUAUGAGUUCAGCCUCCUAUCUGGUACUACACGCACACGAGAUUGUCCAAAUAUGCACAAUAUUCCACUAUUGGAAUACGAGGCCUCAUGA